AACGUUAACCAAUCGUUGCCUAUGGGGUGACGCUUCCACUGGCACAGUAGGCUAUUUAAAAGCCAGUUUGCGGUCAGAGCGCACGGACCAUCAUUUCAUGAGAAGAUGGAGACUUUCAGAAAUCGGUUUUGAACGUAUGAAAAGUUUAUGCUACCAUACCAUGUUUGCAACUAUGUAUCUUUAAUUGUUUUUGAAUAUAUUUUACGUCUGGAACGAAAUAGUGGAUAUGCAAACGGCACUUAACUUGCUGCUCGUAAAAGCACCUGCCUUGCCAAGAAUGGGGGACACUUGGAACCAUAACAUCAGCUCUUAUAACCGGUCUUCUACGGACCCAGACCGCUUCAGCAGCCUGGAGGACAUAGAUAUGACCGCAGACGGCAGUCCAGCGCUUCGAAUCAUGAUAUCAAUCGUGUAUUCUGUGGUUUGCGCAGCGGGUUUGGUGGGGAAUUUGUUAGUCGUUUUCUUAAUGAAAGUGAGACGAGGAAGAAAAAGGUCCACCAUUCACUUUUUUGUUCUUAAUCUGGCGAUGACAGACUUCCAGUUUGUCCUGACCCUGCCUUUCUGGGCGGUGGACACUGCUCUGGACUUCAGCUGGCCGUUUGGGAACGCGAUGUGCAAGAUCAUUCUCUCCGUCACUGUUAUGAACAUGUACGCGAGUGUGUUCUUCCUCACUGCUAUGAGUGUCACGCGCUACUGGUCCGUUGCCUCGGCUCUAAAGGACCGCACUAGACACAGAUAUUGUUCGGUGAGAUGGGUAAGCGCAGUGCUCUGGGUCUCUGCCACUGUGGCCACCGCGCCAACGGCUAUUUUCUCCAAUAUGACAAACAUCGCUGGGGAGAAGCUCUGCCUUUUGCGGUUCCCGGAGGGCCAGCACUGGCUGGCUUUAUAUCACUUACAAAAAAUCAUAAUUGCCUUUGUUUUCCCCAUGCUCAUAGUAACCAUUUGCUAUUUGAUGCUCCUACGAUUCGUUCGCCUGAGGAGUAUGAACAACAACCAUCCUAAACGGAGUAACAGAGUCACUAGAUCCGUUACCAUUGUGGUUCUUUCAUUCUUUUUGUGUUGGAUGCCAAAUCACGCCAUCACUUUCUGGGGCGUCCUGGUCAAAUUUAAUGUGGUGAACUGGGACAAGUCUUAUUAUAUGGUUCACACCUAUGUUUUCCCUGUGACCGUGUGCCUGGCACAUGCCAAUAGUUGCUUGAACCCAAUUUUAUAUUGUCUCAUGCGAAGAGAGUUCAGGAAAAUGCUGAAGGAUUUAUUCUGGCGGGUUUCCUCACCGGCGAACAGCUGCCAAAUACGUCCCUUUUCUGCAACUCUAAAAGCCUCUGUCCACGGUGACACCCAAAUACCUUUGAAUGUCAUAGACACCGAUCUCUGUCAACUAUCCGUUGUAAAUGGGCAAUGUGACGCAUUAGCGGAGGACAGCCAACCGUAAAGGUAACUUAAUGCGUAAAACCAGAGCUCUAAGCCGCUUCUUAAAACAAUUAGUUUUUUUACUGUUCAAAAGAGUCACAUAUUACGAAAUGUAUUAUCCUCGACUCAAUGCAUAGGACUAAGAUGAGCACAUGAACUUUUCUUAAUGAACAGUAUUUAAGUUUAUAAAUGAUGAUAUUCUAUCAUGUAGCCUACCAAAUUGCGCAUAAGAUGCCAGCUGAGCCAAGCAAAUAUUUGUCUCCGUGACUGGCCUCAGCCCCUAUGUGACUUCAAAAUGAUUUCUACCUAUGUACAUAGCGUACUACCUAACAUAAUUUAAGUUUAGGCCUACUUGGGGAUCUAUUGAAUCUGUAUCGCGGAAGUUCAGCGUUACAGCUUGAUUGAAAUUUUUAAGGCAAUAUUCCCGCAUUAGCAGACUGCAUUCAUAGUAAACGCAGUAUAUGUCGGCUCAAUCGGAAAUUACCUUUACACUUCUGUUGCAGAAUGUGUAAAGCUUCAGAAAUACAGAUGAUUGAAAAGCUCUUGACCUUGCUAAAUCAAUGCUAUAUUGUCGUUACAUUGCGCUUUUUGGACAGUUUUUAAAUCGAACAAAAACGUUGGCUACUGCCUGAACGCCUGGUGUGAUUUCCAUGGCUAUUGGUUGUAGUAAGUGUGUAAGUGUGGUAUAGUCAGUGUGGUAUAGGCCUAGGUGUAUUUUGAGAAAAAUAUUGUUAUUUCCAUUUUGCAAAGUAAAAUGCAAGUGUCAGUAAUUUUCAGUAAUUCACAGUAUUUCAUUAACAUAUGCUUUGUAACUUUGUGACUAGGGAUGAAUAUUUUCCGGGAAACUUUCCAACUUUCAGUACAGGGAAUACUUCAUAUGUAUCACUUGAGUCCCAGAAAGUAUGGCAAAAAAUCGGAAGUGCCCAAUUCAAAGCGUUUAAAACCAAGAUAUGGCCACUAUGUCAGGGUUCUCCCCAAAUAAUAAGGGCGCUGUGCCACCUUGUCGACUGGGCUGCACAUCUAUGUAAAGAUUUCAGAGCAAAAAACUAUCUUUGAUCGCCAAUGACACUGUUGUGAAUUAAAGCCAUACAUUCCGAGCAUUAUCAUGUUCCUCAAUGAAUGUAGUGCAUAUCUCGACACAGAGCGCGCUCAGGACGCACAGAGCGCACCCCGAGUAUAGCGUUGUCGAAUCAUGCAAACUUGCUAAGCUUGCUAGAUAAUCUUCAACUAAUGACAUAAUAUAUUCUAUAUUUGGCAAAAUCGAGUUGCUGAUUAUACAGAUAGAAUAUCAGGUCAUUAACAACAGGGAGAUUUAAGAGUAUAAAUAGUUUAAAAUAUCAAGGUAUCUUAACAGGGACCAACUCUAAAAAUAUCCAUAUCUACUUUCAUACGGUCUGUUGAUCACGCAUACCGAAGCUCUCAUCUGGGCAGCAACUAUACAGUAGAAUUUUCACUCAUGCCUCUCUGAAUUGUUAACAGACUGUGACAGAGAUGCCUAUACUGUAUAGGGAAUUGUGCAAAGGCCUAUCACAUUUGUGACUGUCUGGAGAGCCACAAUGACAGCUCAAAUAGGCACACGUUAUUUUACAGGCUCUAUUGUAAGGGUUUCCUGUUAGGCAGAGCUCUCCUUCCCGGAGAGCCACCAUCCUGUAUGUUUUCACUUUAAUCCUAAUCUAGCGCACCUGAUUCUAAUAAUUAUCUAGUUGAUAAGAAUCAGAUUAGUUACAACUGGAGUUGGAGUGAAAACCUUUAAAGGAGGGUAGCGGUGUCAAUUACGUGUGUGCUUUGAAUUUAUGGCAACUUUGUGUGAAGUAAAUACCUAGGCUAAAGGCUUCCAUGUGACAACCUGUUCGGAUAAUGUGUUUUUAAUUUUUUCGCUAAUCUGCAUGUUGUGUAUUUUGUGGAAUUUCAAUAGUGCGACAUUGGAACAUUUUCAUAGGCUAUUUUCCCGGGUCUUGUCAUUAAUUUUUUUCUGGACAUAUAAAGAGGGUAAAGUUGUGACUGUAGCCUAUGCCUAUUCCAAGGAUUUAUAUAGUCUAUACACUAGAUUACUUUUUUGGUGGCGCUGUGUUGAAGCCACUGUGCCUCCAUCUUGGAACUCCCCCACCCACUACAAAAAAAAAGAUCCCGAAGACACCGAUCUUUGGGAUUGGUGUCCUGUCCAUGGGAUGGUUGAGCUAACGUAGGCUAAUGUGAUUAGCAUGAGGUUGUAAGUAACAAGACAAUUUCCCAGGACAUAGACAUAUCUGAUAUUGGCAGAAAGUUUAAAUUCUUGUUAAUCUAACUGCACUGUCCAAUUUACAGUAACUAUUACAGUGAAAGAAUACCAUGCUAUUGUUUGAGAAGAGUGCACCAUUUUGAACAUGAAAAGUUAUUAAUAAACAAAUUAGGCACAUUUGGGCAGUCGUAAAAAAAAAUUGAACAGAAAUGCAAUGGUUCAUUGGAUAAGUCUAAAGCGUUGCACAUACACUGCUGCCAUCUAGUGGACAAAAUCUAAAUUGCACCUGGGCUGGAAUAAUACAUUAUGGCCUUUCUCUUGCAUUUCAAAGAUGAUGGUACAAUUUUCUUUUCAAAAGAACGGUUGUUUUUUUCUUUGUAUUAUCUUUAAAUCAGAUCUAUUGUGAUAUAUUCUCCUACAUUCCUUUCACAUUUCCACAAACUUCAAAGUGUUUCUUAUCAAAUGGUACCAAUAAUAUUCAAAUCCUUGAUUCAGGGCCUGUAAUUGUGUCCUGGAAACAUUUCAUUGAAAUACUGUAUAAUUACAUUAAUUCCUGUGGAGGACUGCUCCUACUGGGGAGUGCCAAUAUGGCCAACCGGUGGCUUCAAAGCCUCUCAAUGGCCAGGGUUUAUGAACAUCAUUGGCUUAUUUUAUUAUGAACUACAAGGAGACCUUUGGAAACAUGUGUGAUGUAAAUAUUAUAAAAGUUUCUGUGACUGAUGCCUGUGAAAUACGUGUACUCUUCACUAAACAAAUGUAACGACUGAUAUGUCAACCAAUACAUUUGCAUAAUACAAUUAUUUCUCAUGGCCAUUUUUGUCUAAUUUAUCAGUGAUGUUAACAAGUUUGGCACUAAACAAAAAUAAGUGGAAAAUCCUCAACACAAUAAAAAUUACACAUUUUGGAAAAACAUCAGUGCCAAGAGUAAGACAGAACUGGCAGGAGCUAAUAUACAAUAAGUGAAUUUGUCCAAAUACUUAUGACUUCUUCAAAAGGAGGGACUAGAUACAUAAUGUGCUUUCAUUUUUGAAUGAUUAAAGCAGUGAUGUAGAGUACUUUUAAGUAAAAAUACUUUAAAGUACUACUUAAGUAGUUUUUUUGGGGAUAUGUACUUUACUAUUUAUAUUUUUGACAACUUUUACUUUUACUUCCCUACAUUCCUAAAGAACAUUAUGCACUUUUUACUCCAUACAUUUCCCCUGACACCCAAAAGUACUCGUUACAUUUUGAAUGCUUAGUAGGACAGAAACUGGUUCAAUUCACACACUAAUCAAGAAAACUUUCCUGGUCAUCCCUACUGCCUCUGAUCUGUCAGACUCACUUAACACAAAUGCUUUGUUUUUAAAUGAUGUCUGAGUGUUGAAGUGUGACCCUGGCUAUCCGUAAAUAAAAUACAAUUGUCUGGUUUGCUUUAAAAA